UAUUGAUGUUACUCCCAGCUCUAGCAGCCAGAUAAACAAUUGCCAUUUUAAAAAUAAAUAUUGGGGAAAAUAAUUUUAUAUAUAAACUUAGCAUGAGCAAAGGAGUUGAGAAACCUCUUGUUAAUCACAUUUUCUUGACCUCUAACGGCGAAUACGUCACAAAUGUUCUUAAGCUAUGCGAACGAAUCACUUUGCAGCAGAAGCGGGUUCUAUUAAUCACUCAUCGCCAAAGCAGUUUUGUUUCCAAUCUGGAGAGCAAUCCUUUUGGAAUGCUGGCCCUGGAUAUGACUGUAUGUCCCGUUGACGAUGUGGAGAGUGCACCGGUUACUAUAAUUCGAUUGUUUGAUCAGAUGGUGCUGCCGGACAUAAUUAUCUUUGAUAUGCAUUCAAUUAUUUGGUCAAUGCUCCAGCGGCCAGUGAUGCAGCAGUGCUCGACAGAUAAAUUGGUGCGCAACAUAGCCAAGUGCUCGGCGGCCUUCACCAAUUACCUGGGAAUGGUGCGUGAGUCCAAGCAGUGCAAAAUGUCAUUGAACCCCGCCAGAGUGGACACACUUGUUAUAAUGCCCCAGGAAUCGUAUCCACUGACUCCAGCGCAGUUUCAGUUGCUAAUUGAUCUCUAUUUCUAUGACAAUGAGUGUUCGACCAACUUCUCGCAGAUCUCAACCUCAAUAGGUGCAGCGCAGGGAUUCAAGUAAAUUGUGAAACUCAAAGUGCCUCGAUAUCCAAUCUUAAUAAGUUCCUUUACAUAAGACAUAUCUUUAAAUAUGCUCAUUCGAAUCACAUGGUAUCCAUGCAAAAAAUAAAAACUAACGAUGAGAACCUUUUGCCCAAUGCCCAUUAAAUUUGGCAAUCCGGAAUUAACAUCUCCCAAACAUAGUUCAAUGUAUAGAAAUAUGUUUGUUUAAGCAUUUAAAUUUAUGUAUAAUAUUUAUUAUUGUCUACAUACGCAUAACGAUAGAAAUUUAAAGACUAAAAACUGAAGGUAUUGAUAAAAUAAGAUUUACUGAUAUACAUAUGUAAUUAACUUUAUAGAUUAAUAAUAUAAUACUACGCUAAUAAUAUGUGUUAAGCCUUGUCACAUAUCCCAUUAUUGAGUAUGUUGAACUUUCGUGGAUUAAAUGUUUACAAAUUUUCAUUUUGAAAACAAAGAAACAAAAAAGGAAA